AUGUAGAAUGGAAUUUCGAACGGCAUGCGCGGCGUGGCACGCACAGAUCAGGCGUGCGAAUAAACAAUCAUCUGGUGUCGUGGUGGGUUUUUGGUCAUUUUUGGUGCCGGUCAAAGUAUUACUUUCUUGGCUACUAGAGUCGGACGAAGGAAGAUGGAAACGCAAACGAAAGCGAUCGCGGAACUUCGUCGAAAAUUCUUCGAUAAAUUCAACGAUGAUAGCUCAAAUUUUCAUCCUGCAGAUAUAGACAGGGUAAAGCUCAGCGAUAGCUGGCUAAGACGAUUUUUGGAGCAUCAUGAAUUCAAUGAGCAGGAAGCCUUCAACAUGCUUUGGGAAACUUGUACUUGGAGAAGUAACUUUGGAACAAAUGAUAUCAGUGAAGAUAAUGUGAAUAUGGAGUAUUUGAAAGAAGGGAUAUGUUUUAGCCAUGGUAAAGAUAAAGAUGGCAAAGCUCUUUUUAUAAUUAAGUCAAAGUUGCAUUAUAAAGGAGUAAAAGACUUCCCCGAGCUUCAGAGAUGUAUAGUCUAUUGGUUUGAGAGAUUAGAAAGAGAAGGAAAUGGAAAUCAGAUAUCACUUUUCUUUGAUAUGGGAGAGAGCGGAUUAUCUAACUUGGAUAUGGACUUAAUUAAAUAUCUUAUUGGUUUAUUCAAGACUUAUUAUCCAAAUUUUUUGAAUUAUAUCAUAAUUUUUGAAAUGCCUUGGGUUUUAAAUGCAGCGUUUAAGAUAAUAAAGUCGUGGUUACCUGCUAAGGCUAUUCCAAAAAUUAAAAAUCUUAACAAAUCAUCAUUGAAAGAUUAUGUUGAUCCAAAUGAUGCACUUAUAUGUUGGGGAGGUAAUAACGAUUAUACUUUCCAAUUUGUCUCAGCUGUACAAACAAAUGGAGAUAAUGCAUUCAAUGACAAACUGGAUAAUAAAAAGGUUCAUUUUGCAGAAAAUUCACCGCUUACGGAACAAAGUCCAACUAGUAUUGGUGAUCAAAUUAACGAAGAACAAUUGUUAUCCAUAGAACCAGGAGAAGCAAUUACAUUUAAUAAAGAUGGGAAUGAUGUCAAUGGAAUAAUUACACUUAAAAAUAUUACAAAUGAUAAAUCUUUAUCUUAUAAGAUAAAAACAACGUCUCCUGAUAAGUUUAGAGUACGACCAAGUUCAGGAGUGUUGCAACCAUCUGAACAAAGGACAGUUACAGUUAUAUUGCAAGCUGGUCAUAAUAUACGUGGUCUAUUGCAUAAUGAUAGAUUUUUAGUAAUGUGCCUUCCUUUAAAAAAUGGGAAUGCUACAGCUCAAGAAUUGACAGCUCUCUGGAAGUCUGAAAAACCAACAGAGAUGCAUAGAUUGCGGUGCUGUAAUGGUAACAAUGAAAAUAAUGAGUUACAAAAAUCUCAUUCUAUAUUAACUUCUACAAUGGCAGGAAAUGAUCGCAAUAUUGAUGUAUUUUUCUCUAAGAUAAGCCGUUUAGAAGAAAAUUAUAGCAAAUUACGUAAUGAAGUUACUACUAUCAAGUAUAUGCAUUUUAUUUCCAUACUAUUGAUAAUUGUAAUUGUAGUAUUGUUGAUUUAUGAUUAUGCUUUGAAAAUAGAUAUUCAAAAUUCAAUGGAUCAACAGGACUGCCAUAUUCAUGAUCUUUAAAAUAUACAUGUUUGUAAUAACAACUUUGAUAUAUAAAAAUGUUAAAAAUG